CUCAUGUUCAUACUAGCGAUCCUGUCUUUCUUCCUCUCUGUCUCUUGCUGUUUAAUUUUCUCUCUCCUCCCCCCGUCACUUUCUCUCUCUGAGGAUCACCAACAAUGGUAAGGAACAACCACCUCACACUGUUGCUCUCCUGUUUGGUUAUGCUCCCAUUGAUGGUGGAGUCAAGAAUAAGGCACUUCAAGUGGGAGGUGAACUAUCUUCCCUGGUCCCCCGACUGUUCGACAGAGAGCUUAUUGAUCGCCAUUAAUGGGCACUUCCCAGGCCCAACCAUACGCGCCAGGGCUGGUGAUGCUAUCGUUGUCGAGCUCCACAACAAGCUUCCUACUGAGGGGGUGGUCAUCCACUGGCAUGGCAUCACUCAGUUUGAGAGCCCUUGGGCGGAUGGGACGGCAUCUAUCUCGCAGUGUGCAAUCAAUCCUGAGGAGACUUUCAUUUACAGGUUCAAAGUAGACAAGGCAGGAACAUACUUUUAUCAUGGGCAUCAUGGGAUGCAAAGGUCAGCUGGUCUCUAUGGUUCUCUCAUUGUGGAGGUUGCAGAGGGGAAACAGGAACCUUUCCAUUACAACGCUGAACUCAGCCUUCUUCUCAGCGAUUGGUGGCAUCAGAGCAUUUACCAGCAGAUGGUAGACCUCCAUUCAAAACCAUUUCGUUGGAUAGGCGAGCCACAGUCACUGCUGAUAGAAGGCAAAGGGAGGCAUAACUGCUCCUUGAAAGCAUAUGAAGAGGACAAGAAUAAGGAUCCAGACUUGGUACCCACCACUCUGUGCCCAAAGAAUAACAAGAGUGAGUGCGCCCCCCAUGUUCUCCAAGUUGAGCCCAACAAGACUUACAGGCUAAGGAUUGCAAGUGUUACAUCCCUCGCUUCGUUGAACUUUGCUUUUGGGAACCACAAAUUGGUACUAGUUGAAGCAGAUGGAAGCUACAUCCAGCCAGUGACUGUGGAGAGCCUGGACAUAUACUCAGGGGAGACCUACUCCCUCCUCCUCCACACCAACCAGGAUCCCUCCACCAAUUACUGGGCCUCUGCCAGCAUCAUCUCCCGCCACCCGAAGACGCCGCCGGGCCUUGCCAUCCUCAAUUACCGGCCCAAUCCCUCUUCCCUCCUCCCCCGCUCCGCUCCUCCCACUCCCCCCAAAUGGAAUGACACUGCCCGUGCCAUCGCCUUCGCUCGCAAGAUCGUCGCCGAUCCCCUCAGGAACACCAACCCUCCAGCAUCUGCGAUCCAUCGUAUCGUCCUCCUCAACACGCAAAACAAAAUCAAUGGCUACACUAAAUGGGCGAUCAACAAUGUAUCCCUGGUCCUCCCCGCAACACCGUAUCUGGGAUCCAUCCGCUAUGGCCUCCACUCUGCAUUCGACUUCCACACAAACCCUCCAGAGGAUUUCCCCGAAAACUAUGACAUCUUUCGGCCACCACAGAACCCGAACGCGACGACUGGCAAUGCAGUGUACAAGCUGAAACUGGGCAGCACGGUUGAUGUGAUCCUGCAGAAUGCGAAUUUGCUCACAGAAGGGACCAGCGAGGUGCACCCUUGGCACCUGCAUGGACAUGACUUCUGGGUUCUCGGCUUCGGGGACGGGCGCUUCAACUGGCAGAGGGAUGCAGCAAGGUUCAAUCUGAAGGACCCGCCGCGAAAGAACACGGUGGCGCUGUUUCCAUAUGGGUGGACGGCCAUACGGUUUGUGGCCGAUAACCCUGGUGUGUGGGCCUUCCAUUGUCACAUUGAGCCACACUUACACAUGGGGAUGGGGGUGGUAAUUGCCGAGGGCGUCGACAGGGUGCGUAAUGUGCCCCGGGACGUGCUCGGCUGCGGGAUGACCAGGAGACUCAUCGGGCCGCAUGGACCCUAAUCCGAUACUGCCGGAUUUGGAUUUGGGUCACUGAUAACACAAAUAGUUGUUGGGUCCUUUUUGAACCUCCAUGUUAGAGCAUUUAGGGCAGCCAUACAUCUCUUCUUUGGGUUUCAUGAUGUCAGUUAGUAUUUGAUACAUAUAUGGAUCUUUCAUCCUAGAUACUGCAGAAAAGUUGUUUGGAAGAUAUGGAAAUUGAAUCCAGGUUUUGCAAAAUCCACUGUUUAAUUAUAUUAUGAAGUU